CACUUACCACUUACCAAUUGAUUCCUCGCUGCGACAAGACUUGGGACAGAAUGUUGAAUAUGCAAGCAAAGGCGGGCCUCGCUCAUCGCUUGGCAAGGCCGACUAGUGUGCGACUAGCUGUUCCUUCUGCUCCAUCUCGAUCGGCGCCGCGCCUGCCAUUGCGGGGGUCUGGUUCUCGACGGGUGACCUCAGUGGUGCGCCACGCCGCAGACGAGAACACAUCGUCCGCGCCACCGGCCGAAGACACGCCCGCCACUGCCCCCGCGCCAGCGGCUGAGGUGGACACCAAGCCCGAGGAGGUCUUCUACGAGGGCCCGGGCUCCAACGCCGAGCUGGUGGUGAGCCUGGUGCUGCUGCCGACGCUCAUCUACGCGCCGCUGUCGAUGGCGUCCAUCGGGCGGCGGCUGUGGAUUAGCUUCAAGUUCACCAACAAGCGCCUGGUGAUUACCAACACCUCGCCACUGUUCAAGCGCACCGUUGAGGUGGCGUAUAAGAACAUCAAGGAAAUCCGCACCGCGCCGCGCGGGUUCGGGCUCUGGGGCGAUAUGGUGGUGUUCCUGCGCGACGGGAGUCGGCUGGAGAUCACCGGCAUUGAGAAGUUCAAGGAAAUUGCGGACCACAUCAACCGCCAGAUUUAUACGCUCUGAUGGAGCACACGAGAACGAUAAGGCCGGAUAAGAGGUCCGCACCUGCUAGGCAGGACAUGAGUACUGUGCAUGGAAUUGAGGCCGUGGCAGGGGCACCCCUGGUAGCAUGUAUGUGGUUGUCCUGUGCCUGCUGUAUUGUGCUCGACAGCGGGACGCGGCUGGACACACGGCGGGCGGUGCCUGUACACACCGACCCCGGCUAUAGCUAAAGGUGACGGGGGCAGCCGGGCAGGUCGAGAUGUACAAAUGAAUACUGUACUGAUGUAACGUGUGACUAACUAGGAACGGUCCGGGAGAUGAGUGUGCAAGGGGACAGUGUUAAGGCAGGUUGGUGAAGUCCCGUGGGGUGCAGCGUCCGGGAGAUGAGGCAAUUCGAAACUUACGGCCUCAGACAUGCACCAACGUUGCUUGGACGUAGCCCUCUUGAACUGCAUUACUAGGUCCCUCUUGUAACC